AUGGUAUACAUACGUGGCGGCAAACACGGUCCAAUAAAAUGUCGUGCUCUACUAGAUACGUGCGCUUCCGCGAACUUUUUAACAGAAUCGAUCGCGAGAUAUUUGAAGGAAGAAGUGACGGCACAUUCUUCGCCAAUUAGCGCGAUCAAUGGCAUGAAUACUAAAUCAAAGGGCAUAGUACGAAUUACAAUUCAAUCUAUACAUGAUAACUUUUCUAAAGAAUUGACCUGUUUGACAAUUCCGACUAUAACAGAUUUAGUUCCGUCUGAAACCUUUCCGCGCAAUUCAGUUAAGAUACCGUCAAAUAUCAGAUUAGCAGAUCCGGAUUUUCAUUUACCGCGACAUGUUGAUUUACUGAUUGGCUCGGGAGCGUUACUAUCGUUGUUCGCUAUUGGUCAGAUAAAUUUGUCCCGUGAGGGAUAUGACUUAUACUUACAAAAAACGCGAUUAGGAUGGAUAAUCGCUGGUGGCACAUCAUCGCAAAAAUCGGGAAGGGCUGUAACAUGCCAUUUAACGCCUUUGGAGGAUUUGAUACAAAAGUUUUGGGAAAUCGAAGAGAUCGGAUUAAAUAAACCGCAAACAGAGGAGGAAGUCGAAUGUGAGUCGCAUUUUAUAAGAACGGUAUCUCGCGACGUUAAUGGGCGAUAUACAGUUCGGUUGCCAUUCGGCAUUACAAAUAAACGUCUCGGAAAUUCACGUAAAAUGGCACUCAAACGCCUAUUGUCGUUAGAGCGCAAACUUGAUACAGAUGCAAAUUUAAAGAAUGAAUACGCGCAGGUAAUAAAUGAGUACUGA